UAUAUGGUUUUGUUGACCAUAAUAGCCAACUGCAUUGUUCUAGCAAUGGAAAAGCAUCUUCCACAUAAUGAUAAGACUCCUUUGUCAGAAAAAUUAGAACAAACGGAAAAGUACUUUCUUGGAAUAUUUUGCGUAGAAGCAGAAUUAAAAAUUGUCGCUUUGGGCCUACUUUUACACAAUGGAGCAUAUCUUCGAAAUAUCUGGAACCUUUUAGAUUUUGUUGUUGUUGUUACAGGACUUCUUGCCUAUAUCCUGCCAAAUCUGAAUCAGCCUGCCUUGCGAGCCUUGAGAGUCUUACGACCACUUAAAUUGGUUACUGGCUUUGAGACGUAUGUGCUUGAUUCUAAUAUUCAUUAA